AAAGGGCAUCCUGACCGUAAACCCCUGCGACGACAGAACAGCCGGAGGCGGCUGUGGGGAGCGGCGCGAGGAUGCUGCGCUGCGCGUACACGCCGCGGCGGUGGGCGCACCGCCGCGGCGGCUUCGUGACCGGGGGCACCGGCUGGUCCAGGCCGCCGCCGCCGGGCCUCGGUCCCGCCGCGGGGGCGGGCGCCAAGAAGUCGGAGUGGUGGGCGGUGGACGGGGAGAUGCACGAGAUCGGGGACGGCGUGCCGCACCGCGAGCGCUUCGCCAUCCCGCGGGAUAACCUCCCCAACCGCCGCCGCAAGCAGAUGCGGGAGCAGUUCAUGCGCCGCACGCGCCUCGUCCUCAAGGACUCGGAACACGAAACAUGGUGCAGAAAGUACAUGGAGCUGUACCAAGAACUUAGAGAAAACUGGGAAAGGUUGUAUUGGGAUGAAGGUUAUUCAAAAAAGAUUGCUGAAUCUCAUGCUAAUUAUGACUCUGCUGAAGAAGAUGAUCUUGACUUCUCACCAUACAGCAGGAGAAGGCAGUCCAAUGUAGAACCAAACAAGGACCUUGGCUUCGGGGUGAACAAACAAGGUGAAACGUGGGAAAGGGUUACUCAAAUUCGUGACAAAUUUGAAUAUGAUAGAGAAAGGAGAAUGAGAGAACGGGCAUUUGCUCCCAUGAACAUGGAGAGCAAUUUUGGUCGGCAUGACCCAAGAUUUAGACGCCAGGAUGAUUCAAAUUUUGCCCCCACAAACAUCACUGCCAAUCUUGGCUCACAUGGCCAAACUUUUGGAAACCGCUCCGAUCGAAGUUUCCAAAACAAUCCAAGUUUCAGGAACCAGCGAGAUUCAAGUUUCCAAAAUGAAUCAAGUUUCAGAAGCCACCGCAAUUCAGAUUUCCAAAACGAGUCAAGUUUCAGAAAGAACCAUUUUCCAGAUUUCCAAAACCAACAUGACACAAGAAGCCAGAAAUUUGAUGACUAGAUGAUUGUAGUUGCCGUGAGCAAAGUGGGUGUUGAUUUGCUGGCAACUUGAGCAUGCUGAUUUUCUUGGUUUUUGUGGUGGCCUGUGAGAUAUAGUAAUUUAUCUAAAAUGGCUUGUGUGACAUAAAGUAUCUUCUAUGGUAGUGCCUUGCAUCAAAAUAGAAAGGAAAAGAUCUGUUGUAAACUUGUAAUGUAGUGUGCUUAGGCAAAGCAGUAGCCUUUACAUUGAUACCAUUUACAAGAAAAAUAACUGCUUGAAUAUGAUGCAUUAGCGCA